AUGCUUUGCACCACUGCAGGCUCGAGAGGCCCUGCUCCUGCUCCUGCUCCCGCUCCUGCCCCCUAUCCUGCUCCUCCAGCAUUGUGGACCCCUGGCCAGGUGUCCCAGUCGCCUGCAGAGCUUCCUGUCCACUGGAAAGAGCAACUCCCAUCUUUCCAGCAGGACUGGAUCAGGAAGACUCUGUUCAGGGCCAACGUAAAAACAGGGAAGCCUGAGCUGGUGCCACAUCCCAACUUCUGGUGGUACCCUCCCCAGCCCCCGACCGUCUUCACCCAGCCCCCUACUUCUCCUGAUAUUUUCUUCUGCCGCCCUCUGUUCCUCUGGAUGCCGCUGAAGAUGUGGUCCAUUCCACUUGUCUGUGUCCAGCCAGCCUGCAAUAACCACAAGCUGACAGCUGCUGGCCUUUAUCGCACUGUGCGCAAGGUCCUGGACAUAGACGGGUGGUAUGACAUGGCCACAGAGUAUCUGGAGUGCAAAGGGUGCAAGAAGAAGUAUCCAGCCUGGUCUGAAGACAUCCUGGGACAGCUCGACAUGGGACACCGCAGAAAAUUCCCCGCCAUUCUGACAUACAGGUACUCGUGUGACUACCGUGUAGUCAUAAUGAUGCGGGAGAGGACCCGGGGGAACAGUGUCACACAGCUUUUCAAAAAGCUGCAGGAGCUGCACACCUCAGCGUGGUCACAGCGGACGCUGGAGUACCUCACUGUCUGUGAGCCCUUCACAGACUCCUCCAUUGUUGAGCCUCCACUCUUUUCUGCGCCCCCGCCCCUCCCACCCAUCCCCAAACCCAAGUGGCUGUUGUCUGUGUAUGCCAGGGACGUCCUCUCGCGGCUACCUGAGGUCAAGGCCAAAAUAACCUCAGUCUUUGGCUCUGUCCUCAAGAUGGACUCCACCAAAAAGGUCACCAAAAAACUGGCCGGCGCUGCUGCCAACACUGCUGGUUGGUGCACUAAUGUUGGCAAUGAGCACGGCCAGGUGUUGGUGUCAGUCCUCACAGCGGCAGAGGGGCAUGGAUUGUGGCCCAUGGCGGUGGGUCUCAUGAAGAGGUACAGGGAGGCGGGAGUGGCACCACCCGCCAUCAUGUAUGUGGACAGAGACUGCUGCAGUCCACAUGCACACAGACAGUCGCAGGUCAGAGCCAUGUUCAUAGAGUGGGAUGAGCUCCAAGUGCGCCUAGACAUUUGGCACUUCAUGCGGCGCUUUGCAGCAGGUGUCAUCACGGAGGCUCAUCAGCUCUACGGCACCUUCAUGGCUCGGCUUUCCAGGUGCAUCUUUGAGCUGGAUCCUGAUGAUGUCGCUGCUCUACGGUUGGCCAAACAGGGGGAGUUACAGGCCAGAGGAGCUGGUCCAGUCUCAGAGAAGGCUCUGGAUAAGCUGAUCACCAGGAAGGAGUUGGCACUGCACUGUCGGAAGCGGACCAGAGGAGUGGAGGAGACCACCUGGAGGAUCAAGGCGCUCAUUGAUGAGAUGGACAGUGAGAAGGGGAGGGACACUCUGGGUGUACCAUUGCUGGACCACGAGCGAAUCCAACAGGUCUGGAUAGAUCAGCAGAGGCACAUCGCCUGUAUUCAGGACCCAGAGGGCUUCCCUCUGUACCAGAAGACAGACACACUGAAGAAGGGUGGUGUGGAGCUCAGCUGCUAUCGCUGUGCUCGUGGCUCCACCUCCUUGGAGUCUUUCCACCUCCAUUUAAAUCGCUUCAUCCCAGGGACCAGUGCCAGUGAUGCGCAUUUCCAGGCCUAUCUCCUGGAAGGCCUGAUGCGCUGGAACCAGGACCGGAUGGAUGAAGCAGUGAGGGGAAAGACUGACCUGAGGAUCUACAGUAGCAUUGAGAGGGAGGCAAUGGACCGGCUCAGCCGCAAAGUGCUGAAGGUGUCCCUGGAUGACCGCUACCAGCCUCCAGGGGCUUACACAGGGGAGCUGCUGGGUAUGGAGUAUCUGUACAGUCAGUCUGGGAAAUCCCUGACUGUUAUGGAUAACCCAGAAGAGGAGGAUCGGCUGGUGGAGCAGAUGACUGAUGAGGUGGUGCAGGACGAAGGCUUUGUUGAGGAGGAACCUGAGGACCUCACAGUGCCAGUACUCUAUGACCUCAUUGAGCCUGUCCCAGUCCACAGCAGCAGCCCCCAGACCUUCAACCCCUGUCCCUCUGCACCAGGACCAUCCUCACUACAUCCACCCACAGGACUGCAGCACCCUGCCCAGCCUCCUCUGCGCCCUGCCCAGCCUCCUCUGCAGUCUCCUCCACGGCCUUCUGUCCAGCCAAGUGCUGCCUCUGCUCCUGCAACAUCAACUGGGUCCAGUGUUGCAGACCAGGCUCCUGCUCCUGUUCUUGGACCCGAUGGCGUUGCAGGCUGGGAUAAGGUGCAGGAUUUGGCUGAGUACCUGGUGUCCCUCCGUCAGGCACUCUACCUGGACGAGCAGCAGGUUACAGAGGUCAUCCGUCUGUGGACUGCUCUUCCUGAUGGGGACAAGAGGAAGAUCCACUAUCAGCCCAGACACCAGCCCAAACUGACCCACGGACGCUUCAAGGCUCCGAAAAACACAGGAGUGACACCGGGUGUGGACAGUGUGAAGAGGUGCCUGAUUGGUCAUCCUGGGGGGCCGGCUCAGUGGCCCAGCACAAGUCGCUUAGUUGAGGGCAUGUGCAUCAAACUGUGUGCACUGCACAAGUCCCCAACUAAGAAGGAUGGAGUCCGUCUUCCUCGUUGGACUAAGGUGCUCGCAGAUUACCACCACAUCCGAGACCUGGUGCUGAACUGCCAAACUCUGAUGGAGGCCACGUCACUUCAGCUGUUUAUGCUGAAUCAGAGGACUCUCACUCAGUGGUUUAAUCGAAGGGAGAACACCCAGGAAGUGACUGUCCUUACCCAGGGCCUUGCUGCAGAAGACCGCAUAGCUGUGGCCAGCUCACAGCUGCCUGCUCCGCGGGAAAAGCUGGAUGAGGCUCCCUCCACAUCAGGGGCCCGGCACGAGUUUGUCCUUCCUCCUAACAGAGCGGGACAGGCUCCUAAGCUACGGCCGGGCAGACGACCUGCCAGUGCUACAAUUGUGCGGCCAAUUAUCCCAGCAGCUUCUACUCCUCCCCCAGUUCCUGUGCCACUGCCCCAGUUCAUUUUAUUGAACACUGCGCCCACACUGCUUGCAGCUGGUGCAGGUGGCGCUUCAGCUGCUCCUCUCCUGGCUCCAACUCCAGUGUUUCCUGACGUGCGAGAGGCUCCUGCUCCCACUGCCGCAGUGUCUGUCUCCCGCUUCACUCAGAGGAACAGACGACGCAGGGCAGAAGAGGAGGCCAGUGGAGCGCAAAAAAGGAAAUAUGUCCGUGAAGUGGCUUUUAACAAAUGCUCUAAGUGUGGCAAGCCCAAAACCAAGGAGUUCGGCCAUAGCCGCUUCGGCAGUGCCACGUUUUGCCCCAGUGUCUCUGGUGGCAAAUCUUUAGAGGAGUGGCUGGUAGAACAGCGCCAGCAGAAAAAACCUGAACAGCCACCUCCAUAAUAAAAAUAAUCUUCCAACACAGAAAAAAGAUAGUUUGUAAAUACCUGUAAAUAAAUAUCUAUGUGUAAAUACGGUUAUGUUCAUUU